AUGUCUUCGUUACCUAAAAAGAGGAAACAGGAGGUUAAUAACAAGGGAAAAGACAAUAAUACAAAUCCACGAUUAUUGUCUUGUCAGAGAUGUCGGACUAGAAAGAUUAAAUGCAACUUUGAAUAUCCAUGUUCAAAUUGUACAAAAGUUGGUGCUGACUGUGUCAAGACUGUUAAUGACAUGAGAAAGAAAAGACCACCAGCUAAUUAUGUUUCGAACCUUGAAAAGCAAAUAGAGAAUUUGACUGAUUUUUUCGAAAAGUUUAAAAAACUUGACUCAAUAGAAGCAAAACAAAAAUUAAUCGAUUCUACAGAUUUGAACGAGUUUGUUAGCAAGGACUACCAGGAAUACAAUUCUGCUUCAUCAGAAAUGGAAAAUUAUGCAUUUCACUCCCCCAAACAUGAUAUAAAAAAUUCUAGCAUGUCGGUUUAUGGACCAACCAGUGUUUACGACAAUGACUUAAUAACCGGGAAAUCAAAAUCUCCAUCAAAGCGAGAAGAAGUAUCUAUUAAUGCUUUAAAUAAGGAUCCCAAUAUAUUGCAUUGUUUAAAGUUAUUUUUUACUUGGCAGUAUCCUGACCACAAUAUGUUCAUAUUUAGAGAGGCCUUUUUAAUUGAUUUUUUUGAUCCCAAACCAAAUAGUUUAUAUUGCUCAAGAAAUUUGGUGUUGAGCAUUUGUGCAUUGGGUUCAAGAAUGUCCGAUGACGAUAAAAUAUACUCUAGAUCUAUUGAGUUUUAUAAUGAAGCCAGGGUUUCACUUUUGUCUCAGCUAGACCACCCAUCAAUCACAUCAUUACAGAGUUUCUUAUUGCUUGCAUUUUAUGAUAUUUGUGAUGGGUCAAAUUCAUCUGGUUGGAUGCUUAGUGGUAAUGCUAUGAGAAUGGGCUUUGAUCUUGGUUUUCAAUUAAACCCAGAAGUAUGGUUUUUGAAGUCUCAUGAUGAUUUAAGCCCCUUAGAUGUGGCGAUUAGAAGCAGAAUUUAUUGGGGUAGUUACAUGGCUGAUCAUUUCAUAAGUUUAUUAUUAGGCAGACCUUCGUUAUUGAAAAUAUCCGAUGCUACAAUACCUGAAACUGAUGAUUUACCAGAUUUAGAAUGGAUAGAUGACUAUAGGUAUCUUGACCCUAAGUGCAAAGCUAAGAAAGAUACACAAAUAUCAAAUCCGUUAAAGAAUGUAAUUAAGUUAAUUAAUAUUUCAGAUAGCAUGUUAAAUGAUAUAUUCACUCGUUCAGAAGAUAAUCACGAUAAAAAUAACGAUGAUAUAAAUUUAUUGUCAAGAAUGGAGAAGCUUUCUGAAUACAAUAGUCAUAUAAUGAAAUGGAAAGAAUCAUUACCCGAAGACUUGGCUUGGGAUAAAAGCUUUUUACAGGAAACUGCUGAUAAUCCAACACUUCUGUGCAUAAGAUAUUACUACUACAUCCUCAUUUUGUGUCUCAAUAGACCUUUUGUAGGUAUUUCCAAAUCCGCCGAAGAGGAGCAUCAUUUAUCGCCUGCAAUUAUUUGUACUAAUGCAAUUGAAGACUUAUAUGUUGCUAUACGUCGGUUUCAAGAGACUCAUGGGUUAAGAAGAGCAUCAAUAUUUAUGGUUUAUUGUUCUAUUCUUUCUAUUUCAGUAAUUUUACUUACUAAUAAAAGUAAACAGUUAGUGAACAAAAAACAGGAGAGAUUGCAGUUCUUCAUGAACGUGUUACAUGAUUGCUCUCGAACCUGGAAAUUAGCCGAAAAAUCCUACAAGUUAAUUAAAAUAAAAUUACAACACAGCCAUAAUAAUGAAAAUGAAUCAAAGAAAGAAGAGAAUAGUUCUCCAACUACGAACAAUGUAGCCACUGAGAACUUGUUCAAUUCUAAAUCUCCGAAUUUCUCGAACAACCGACAACAGGAGAACGACAGAGAUCAUUUACAAUUAUCACGGCCGUUUGAAAAUAAUUCGCAGAUUCGGUCUACUGAAAGUUUUCAGAGAGUUCUGCUUCUGCCUCGGCCACGCCGAGAGUAUACUGAACACCAGGGCUUUUCACCGAAUGAACCUGCCAGUUCAUUAGUCAACUCAAGAGCACCAAUACACGAAAUUUCUAGUUCAUCGGAUAAACAUGACCAUGAGUACAAUAAGACCAUAGCAGAUGCAAAUACCGAGUUGUUAUUCGACGAAAAUUUGGAAUUUUUUGGAGGACCUCCAGUCCUAAUGACGUCAGAUUUGUUCAAUGAAGAUUGGGAAUCAUUAUUCCCUGAUUAUAUUUUCAACCCUAAAAAUUAUAUAUAA